UUUAAUGCAGGUUGGAAAUCUGACAAAGUCAACGAAACACGGGCAGAGAUGCAAGCAACAGGGAGGGUCUGAGCGUAACUGGAUAACAAACGUAGUCGCUGUGUGCACACACAUAUGCCAACAAAGAUAGAUGUCCGCUUGGUUGAAGUUGCUUCUGUAAGGCUUGAAAUUGUUCAACUUGUUCAAGAAGCGUUGACGUGCCUUCUCGAGCGUUGCUCUUUUGUUUUCCUGUCUUUAUGAAUCCAGCUCCACUCCGCUUGAAGAUGAAUUCAUUAGGAAGUUCUUCCAAAUGGCCAUCUUAUGACUCGCUACCCUCCACCUCGAGCUUUGUCCUCAGUGAGAGUGACCAGACUGAGGAUGAAACGGACUUCUUCUCAGAGGGAGAGGGGGACAGUGGAAGAAGAAAGUCCCUGUCAGUUGACGAAGGAAUCACAUAUUCUGAAAACUAUCUUGAUUUUCCAGCUCAUUCAGAUCAGCUGAAUUUGAGGUGUAAGAGCGACCAGUCUAAACACUGCCCUGAGGAAAUUAAGCAUCCCAACACUGCCUCUUCUCCUGGAGCUGCCACAUUUGUAUCAUCAUCAGCGACACCAGGGGACCUGGCCUUCGCACAGAAAUGUGCAGAUUUGCACAGGUUUAUCCGUCCUUUGCUUGAGCUUCUGCAUGGACUAAAGACAGGGCGAUUUGACAAAGGUUUAACCAGUUUCCAGCAGAGCGUUGCCAUCGAUAGAUUGCAGAGGAUUCUUGGAAUUCUACAGAAGCCUGAAAUGGGUGAGAAAUACCUUCAAAAUCUGCUGCAGAUAGAGAUGAUGCUAAAAAUGUGGUUCCCUCAGGUGGCAUUUCAGUCCAUAGAUACACCAAAACAAACCAUCACUCCCCAACUUCGACCACACUGGUGCCAAAGUCAACUCCACAUGCCAGUUAAGAAGAGAAAACUGAGCUGGUCAAAUCCUCACCAUGCUGGCAAUGUCCCAACCAAGCAUAAGCACCGUCAACAAGAAAAACAUGGGAGCUGCCAUGAUUCAACUUCAUUUGAGAGUGUUUCCACACGUCUAUCUGGAUCACCUAAAAAACUGAGAACUCCAGAGGAAGAAACAGUUGGUCCAGCUGGGUGCAGCUGUAAAACUGGACGUGAGUUUACAGACAGCACUGGCACUUUAAGCAGUCCGACAUAUUUAUGUAGCAAGAGACAAAAGCAGGCUGAGAUUUCCCCGCCCUCCCCUCAUGGAAGCCCAGCUACACAAGACAGUUCAGUGUCCUCCAGCGAGACCGUUACUACAAAUGACUCACCUUAGCUGGCCUUAGAUGACCUUGCUACCACAUGGAGGUGACACAGCAUGCCAGCCAGAGUGAAGGCAGAGGGCAGACUUGAUUGCAUAAGCAUAAAGUUAGGUGCAGAGCCAGUCUGUGAUGGCUUCAAGCCACAUUAAACCAGAAGAGGAGGAGGAGAAAUCCAGAUAGACUCUCUUUUACCCCUAACUAUCCAAUGUCUUUUUGAUAACACCAGAGUUAUUGCACUAUACUACAAGGAAUUAUAUAUUGUUUGUCUGUAAGAGUAUGACUGUUGUCUACAUUGACUUUUACUAAGUUAAAAAAUGUUGAAAAUCCUUUCAAGUGUGAUGUGUUAAAGCGGUCUGUGCUCUAUUUUGUAUUUUUUCAUACCGUGGAAUGCAGCGCUGAGUAUAAGAUUUCAUGCCAUUUGUGAAACACAGCAAUAGCAGAUAUCACUUUCACUUUCAAUCAAGUGAGCAAACACAGACCGCUGGUACAGUUUUAAACUGAAACAAUUAGUCAGUUGUCUUUAAAUUAAUUUUUAUAAAACAAAAAUGAAUUUACUUGUUUCAGCUUCUUAUAUCUGAUGAUUUUUUUUCUCUCUUUUCUCUCUAUGUCACAUAUGAUAGUAAACUGACUGACUGAAUCGGUUUUACUUGUUAUAAGCAUGUUUCACUAUUUUGUUACAUUUUACAGACCAAACAAUGAAAAGACGAAUGGAGAAAAUAAUUGGCAGCUUAAUUUUUAGUGGAAAUAAUUGUUAGUUGCAGCCCUAGUGCAGUUAGACAAGUAUUUCCAUCAUGAACACUGUUGAUUAAAACAUUAAAACAUUUAAAACACAGGCAUUUGAGAAUGUUAAAAUAGCUUUUGCCAGCUGCUUGAUUGUAAUGUAUAGUAAAUGCUUGUAGCUACCGCCCAAAUCUGCCAAACAUAACCAUUCUGCAUUAUCAUAUCAAAUACACCUUACUUCACAGUCACUACUUCUUUAUAUAGUUAACACACACAUCCCUUUGUUUCUGUGUAGAUAAGAAAAGGUGUAGUGGCACUUGUGGUAAAACAGUAAAGUGCUGCACAGAAAAUACUACUCCACCUGUGUUUGGUGAGGAAAUGGAAGAUGCUCAGCUGGAUAUCAUUGUGUCAGUUGCUGGUUAAGGUAGCGGGUGAGUGAACUUGUUUUGAUUAGAAAGACUUGAAUAUGUAAUAUUUUAUUAGACAUGUGACUUUUGAGUGACUUUUUUUUAUAGAAGCAUAAACAGGCAUAAUAUAUUUGAUCCUGUUUGAGUUAGAUUUGAUGCAGCUGCACUUUGGAUGACAAUAAGGAAACGUCAAAACUGUUGACAUCAGAAGAGUUUCCAUCGGCAGACUUGUGUAGCUAGUCGUGUGUUACACCUGGAAUACGUGCUUUACAAGUGCUUGAGUGAGAGACUUUGGAGGAAUAUUUCUAAUUUCUUUGUGUUUUAUUUGUACUCCUUUCAUUUUGGCACUGUGGAGUUGAAAGGCUUAAAAAGUCAAUUAAUUUUAUUGCUAACACAAAAUGCCCCAAAUGCAGUGUGUCAUUAUGUGGGCAAAGAACAGCUUCUGUGAUUUGGAUUUGUAUCACUGACUUGCUGUUGUAAAAUUUGUAACACUCAAAGUGCUUUACUAUUGAUUAUGGAACAAUUAAUAAUAUCUUUGAGAUAUCGUAAACAAAACUCCAUUCCUGAACACAUCACUUAUUUUUGAUGGCAUUUGGGUAUUGUUCCACCAUAUUUUAAAUCAGAUAUCAUUCAUGUUGAAUGGCAUUUCAUCUCUGGUAGUUUGUCACCAGUCAGCCUUAAAAGUAAUGAUAAACUUACCUAGAAUCACAUCAGCAAUUUAUUAUUUGAUUAACAAUAGCAAAAUAAUCAUCUCACCACUUAUGUCAUUGCAAACCAAAUGUGCUGCUGUGUAGAUAUCCUGCAGGCUUCACCAUUAGUCAUUUUUAUUGGCCUGGGGUUAAGUCAUUUAAAAUCAAGAUUGUAAGCAUGUGGUAGAGAGCAAAGGUAUAGUGUAGUGUUGCAUUAUACAGCAUCUUCUAGUACAGGUUUUGCUGUGCUGGGUUGCACAUCUGUGAAAUAUCAUUUGUGAAAUAGAAGAACACUGAAAGAUGAGUAAAAAUCUUAUUCCUCAGUGAUAUGUCUUUAAUUUUUUUAGUGUCCUUUGUUUAAGGCUAUAUCUUUGUUUCUUAUAAUAAUAUUGUCAUUACUUGUGAUUGAUUGAUAAAUGCACAUAUUUUUAUACAUUAAACAAAUGAUGUUCA